AUGUCAAAGGAAGAAAAAGGUGAAACAGAAAAGUCACCAACACCUCCACUGAAUGCCAAAGGACUUUUCGAGACCUACGAGAAGGACGGGAAAAGAAUCACUGAGAUAUUGAGGUUUAACGCAGUCGAGGUGUUCUUCGCCGGAUUCAUUCCACCAUUGGUCGGUUCCGUUUCAGCUAUCGCUAUCGCGUUGAUAUUUCACAAUGACGAGAUCAGCAACUAUAACUGGCAAUGUGGUCGAGCUCGUUUACCUUCUCUUUCUCGUAUCAUCAAUUUGUCCGUAGAAAGAACGUUCUGGCAGUUGUUCCUCCUCUUUCACGUGCCUAUAAGAGUAAUCGAACUUGUCACAGGCUUUUCGCGAUAUAAACGAUUGCGGAAUAUCCACUACACUCACACUCGACUCUAUGAACUCGCAAGAUACGGCUAUUUCUAUAUUGGACUAGCUGAACUGGUCUUUCUCUCAGCGCUUUCUAUCGUUGGAGAAAGGGAGAACAUACAGAUGCACGUCAUUUUCUUCUACAUCUUCGGCUUCUGCGGCAUCGCCCAUAUGUUCUCCAAUAUUUUCUGCCAUGCCCACUCACUCUACUACAUAAACCCUUACGGUCGGCUUUCUUAUUAUCUGAAAAUUAUUUUCACAUCCCUUUACGUUCUGUCAGCUCCGGUCCUAGUGGGUGCUUUCAUUUUGUAUUGGAAAAAAUGUAUUACAUGGGCCUAUGACGUAUUUGCAAUCUGUGAGUAUUGCGGAGUUUUCUUGAACAUUUGCUUCCAUGGUUGUGCAUUCUUUGAUAUCCGGUACAAGGUGUGCUUCAGCGUUCGUCAUGUGGAACCAGUGAAAAAUAAGGAAGGAGAGGAGGUGGGGAAGGAGAAAGUGAACGGUGACAUUGAGCUGAAGGAUCGUGCGCACGGCUGA